GGGAGGUUCUAUUUAUACCAAUAGAAUUUCUCAACUUGUAUCAUUUCAACCAAUAAUACAAUCCCAGUUUCAACAAAACUUUCAAAACCCUUCUCAACCAGUAAUUCAACACCAGUUACAGCAAAACUUUCAAACCUCUUCUCAACCAGUAAUUCAACCCCAGUUAUAG